GGCGCGGGAUGCCGGGCGAGGAGGAGGAGGAGGCCGAGGCGGGGGCCGGGGGGGGGGCCCGCUCCGCCGCCCCCUCCCCGCCGGGCGAGGACGGGGACACCCGGCAGCGCUACGAGGAGCUCUGCAGCAGCCUCAACAUGGACGAGCGCGCUCGUUCCGAGGCCUGGCUCAGCUACCAGAGCAUGAAGCGCAACUACACGCUGGAGGGAAAUGAUCUGCACUGGCUAGCGUGUGCCUUGUAUGUGGCUUGCAGAAAAGCAGUUCCAACUGUGAGCAGAGGGACAGCUGAGGGAAAUUAUGUGUCUUUAACCAGAAUUUUGCGCUGUUCAGAGCAAAGCUUGAUCGAGUUUUUUAACAAGAUGAAAAAGUGGGAGGACAUGGCAAAUCUACCCUCCCAAUUCAGAGAACGAACUGAGAGAUUAGAGAGAAACUUUACAGUUUCUGCAGUAAUUUUUAAGAAGUAUGAGCCUAUUUUUCAGGACAUUUUCAGAUAUCCUCAAGAAGAUCAACCUCGUCAACAAAGAGGAAGAAAACAGAGACGGCAACCCUGUACUGUGACUGAAGUUUUCCAGUUUUGCUGGGUGCUGUUUGUUCAUGCAAAAGGUAAUUUCCCUAUGAUCAGUGAUGACUUGGUCAAUUCCUACCACCUCUUGUUAUGUGCUUUGGAUCUAGUGUAUGGAAAUGCUCUCCAGUGCCCUAACCGUAAAGAACUUCUGAAUCCUAAUUUUAAAGGUCUACCUGAAGACUUCCAUAGUAAGGAUUAUAAAGUAUCAUCUGAUCCUCCCUGCAUCAUUGAAAAACUGUGUUCAUUACAUUAUGGAUUAGUUUUAGAAGCAAAAGGCAUAAAGGAACAUUUUUGGAAGCCAUAUAUUCGGAAACUGUUUGACAAAAAGCUUUUAAAGGGAAAAGACGAAAAUCUGACGGGAUUUCUAGAUCCUGGGAACUUCGGAGAUAGCUUCAAAGCCAUCAACAAGGCCUACGAGGAGUAUGUUUUGUCAGUAGGAAAUCUUGAUGAGCGAAUAUUUCUUGGGGAGGAUGCGGAUGAAGAAAUUGGAACUCUCACAAGGUGCUUAAAUACACCUUCAGGGAUGGAAACAGCUGAAAGGGUGCAGGUGAAGCAUAACUUGCAGCAGCACUUUGACAGGUCCAAAUCACUUAGGAUUACAACCCCGCUUACUGGCCGCAAGUAUAUUAAAGAGAGCAACCCAUAUGUGACGCCUGUUUCCAUAGCAACGUACAGUUUGAGCCGCCUUCACACGAUGCUGGCAGGGCUGAAGAAUGCCCCCAGUGAAAAUCUGGAGCAAAUACUCAGGGCAUGUUCCAGAGAUCCUUCUCAAUCUAUUGCAAACAGAGUGAAAGAGAUGUAUGAAGCAUACUGCCAGAGCGUGCAGUCUGAAGGAGAAUUCAGUAAUUUUUCCAAAGAUGUUGCUAGUAAGCAUUUUCGUCGUGCUGAGGUGCUGUACUACAAGGUCUUGGAAUCAGUCAUUGAGCAGGAGAGGAGGAGACUGGGAGACACUGACUUAUCUGCAAUACUGGAGCAAGAUGUGUUUCACAGAUCUCUGCUGGCAUGUUGCCUUGAGAUCGUUACCUUUACGUAUAAGCCACCUGGAAACUUUCCAUUCAUCACUGAAAUAUUCGAAAUUCCAGUUUAUCAUUUUUAUAAGGUAAUUGAGGUUUUCAUUAGAGCAGAGGACGGCCUUUGUCGGGAAGUAGUAAAACACCUCAAUCAUAUUGAAGAACAGAUCUUGGAAAGCAUGGCGUGGAAACAGGAAUCCAUUCUGUGGGACAGAAUCAGGGAUAAUGAAAACAAAGUUCCUAGUUGUGAAGAGGUAAUGCCGCCUCAGUACUUUGAGAGAUCUGCUGGGAACAGUGUUGUUGGUUCGCCACUGACACCAAGACGAAUAAACGAGGUUCGUGCAGAAAGUGGAGGACUAGGAAAAGGCCUCUCCUCCUCUCCCACAACCCUGUACGACAGAUACAGUUCUCCCACAGCCAACCCUACGCGGAGAAGACUGUUUGCUGACAGCGAUGCCCCCCCUGACAGCGGGGCGCCGGUGCGCGUGUCCCAGCCGCCCGUGGUGAACGCGGUGCCCGUGCCCAGCCUGAACCCCGAGGCCAUGUCCGUAACGCCGGUGCCCGGGCAGACACUGGUUACCGUGGCAACCGCCACCGUCACCGCCAACAACGGGCAGACUGUGACCAUCCCCGUCCAAGGUAUUGCCAAUGAAAACGGAGGAAUAACUUUCUUCCCAGUCCAAGUCAACGUAGGCACCCAGGCUCAAGCGGUCUCCGGGCCCAUUCCUCCUCUCAGUGCCCAGGCCCUGGCCGCCCCCCUGAACCCCCCGCUGAGCGGGGCAGCGCUCCAGCUCCCCGGCCCCUUACCGGUCCCGCAGAUCUCGCCGGGAGAGCAGCGCCCAGCCCCGCAGCUGCCCCCUGCCCCCGCCCCCCGGCCACGCAAGAUGGGCUCGCUCGCACUCUUCUUUAGAAAGGUCUAUCAUUUAGCUAGCGUUCGGCUGAGAGAUCUCUGUGUCAAACUCGAUAUCUCUGAUGAGCUCCGGAAAAAGAUCUGGACGUGUUUUGAGUAUUCCUUGGUGCACUGCCCUGAAAUCAUGAUGGACAGACAUCUGGAUCAGCUGCUGAUGUGCGCGAUCUACGUAAUGGCAAAGGUUACUAAGGAGGAUAGAUCAUUUCAGAACAUUAUGCGCUGCUAUCGCACACAACCCCAAGCCAAGAGUCACGUGUAUCGGAGCGUCCUGAUCAAAGGCGGGAGACGACGCUGCCGCUCCGGCAGCAGUGACAGCAGCAGCCAGCAGAACUCGCCUACGGACAGGAGUAAAGAGAGGAACAAAGAAAGAACGAGCCGGGACUCCAGCCCGGUCAUGCGCUCCAGCAGCACCCUGCCCGGCCCGCAGCCCAGCAGCGCUCCCCCCACGCCAACCCGCCUGACCGGCGCCAGCAGCGACACCGAGGAGGAGGAGCGAGGGGACCUGAUACAGUUCUACAACAACAUCUAUAUCGAGCAGAUCAAGGAGUUUGCCCUGAAGUAUACUUCAAACGCCGCCGAUUCUCCCCCGCUCUCGCCCUACCCCUUCGUAAGGAUUGGCUCUCCUCGCCGAAUACAGCUCUCCCAGAAUCACCCGGUGUACAUCUCGCCACACAAAAAUGAGUCUACUCUCUCUCCUCGAGAGAAAAUAUUCUAUUAUUUCAGCAGCAGCCCAUCUAAGAGGCUAAAGGAGAUCAACAGCAUGGUUCGAACUGGAGAAACGCCAACAAAGAAGAGAGGCAUUCUCCUAGAAGAUGGCACUGAAGCACCAGCGAAGCGCAUCUGCCAGGAGAAUCACACGGCUCUGUUAAGACGACUACAAGACGUAGCAAAUGACAGAGGGUCCCACUGAGCCCCCCCGCACAGGGCUCGGGGAGGCGGCCGUGGAGCGCAGCCCUGCUGCCUCCUGCCGCGCAGUUGCUGCAGCCCCCCCAGCCCGGCAGCCCCGCCCUAACCCCUCCCACCCUGCCUUGGCUGUCACAAUAACCACCGCCACAGAAAUAAUGACUUACACGUAACAAAGUCCAGUUCUGCUUGGAAAGGCAAGAGGGGAAUAAUCUUUGUAAGCCCUGACGGAAGCCGGCUGGCUGGAUUCCUGCCCCGUUCGGGGGGUUCCACGUGCCCCCCAAACCCCUCACCUUGUUUCGCUGCACGAAGGCAGGUAACGCGGCGGCGCCUUGGUUCGAGCGGUGCAAUUCUUCACAGGGAACUCACGUUCCAAAGGUGGCACUUUCGGUGGGGCUGGGAAGCGUCAUUUUUAAGGCAGAUUAGUUUUGCUGUAUAUUUGCAAUGGCACUUUCUACAUGUGAAUAUUUUUUUUCAAAGGCUGACUCCAGCCAACUUUCUGUAUUGAAGCAAUUUGACUUUUGUAUUUAUUUACAAAUUGACAUCCCAUAGCUCCCCUCUUCAGCACAUGGCACUAAGAAUUCCUUUCCACUUGAUGCAUGCCAGAAGCUUUCUUUUCCAAGGAACUUUAUAUGCUUGUAAUGUUUCUUCAGAUUGCUUUUCUUGAGAGUCAGGAACUGGCCACCUCACCUCCUCAGCAGGAGGACGGGCCCAUCCAUCUCUUAAAAUGUAGAUUUAGCUUU